AAAUUGUGCUUUACUGAAAUUCUGAACUCUUUCCUGUAUAUAGUUUUCUGUAUUAAAAAUUAUGCAGAUCUCAAGAAUGCAAGAAAAUAUAUCAAAGCAAGAACAAUUGUGAUUUUUCGAAUGUGUAUCAUAAUACGAAUUUAGUAAUAAUUUUUUCCGAUAUUGUAAGAAAAAAGUGUAAGCAAGUGGGGGCGGAAGUAGUUAGUCGGUAAUUUGUGUAUACUGUUUGCUGUACUUUGUGACACUGUAUAUGAAAAGUUCGUGAGAUUAGAAAAAAAAAACCUAUAAAAUCGAACAAUAUUCUCAUGGAAUGAAGAUACAUUUGCAAAGAUUUUUAUUCAAAAUAUUAAUGGAUGUGCAUUUUUUCUCGAAUAUUGAAUAUAUGUGAAAUAUUACGUAGCAAUUUUCUUACUUUCGUGAUAUAUCUUGGACUGACAAGCAACAUAAAUAACGUUUGAAGACAGUAAUAUUUUUCAGUCGUAUUAGUAGUAAUGCAUAAUCUGUUUCAAAGAAUGUGUUGCUAUAUUUUUGUUUGAUUCCCAGUUUGUCCUUUUACAAUAACUAUUUCGAAUCUUUGGCUUUUUUUGAGAUUAAGUACAGAAUGUAUUAUCAGCAGAUUUAAAAUACAACUGUAUUGUAAAAACAGCAGCUUGCAACUUUCUAAUAGAGAUCAAUAUUCAAUUACUUUGAGUUUAUAUGAAACAAAACUCGAAAAUGUCAAGCAAAAAAGUGAAAUAUGAAGAAUAUUAUAAAACUAAGCUAAAUCAAGUGGAUUGAAAUAUGUAGUGCCAAAUUGAUUCAUGGGGGAUGCCCAGCCUACAUUCGCUCGUCGUACGACGAGCUCCACUAAUGGAUAUGGGUACUGCCACCAGUUCUGUGACAUCUGUCAAUCCUUCUAAUAAAGUUGCUACAAGUCAAAAAAAAGUUGAUAAGUCUAACAAAUUUACUGGAGUCAGAUCACCCUUAUUGCGCAAAGAAGCUAGUGUUGUAAAUCUUUCUUUAACAGAGAGGACUGCAAUAGGAAAAGGAGUAGAUGCUCCUUUACUUAGACCUGAAAGUAGUGCAAGCUUAGAAGCUCGUGGCAAUAGCUGGUUAAGUCUAGGUCCUACAGGAUUAAGAAAAUGUGAAACUACUAUGGGUUUAAGCACUUCUGCUUUAGAAGGCAGACCUAUAAAUCGCAGUCGAGUAUGUUCUCGUUGCUCUAGUUUAUUAUCGUUGGCAUCUAGUUCACGCUAUAGUUUAGCUGCAGGCAAUUUUGUUCCUGCAAAUUCUCAACAGACGCUUGGACGUAUUUUUUGUAAAUUAUGUCUUGUUGAUACUUCUUUUUCUAAAACAUUUAAGAUAGAAGGCUGUGGUUGUUCCUAUUGUAAAGAUUGUAUGAAAGCAUAUGUUGAAUUUGAAAUUGAAGAAGGUGCAUAUGAAAUUAGUUGUCCUGAUGCACAAUGUGAACAUGGAGCAAUACUUUCCAUGAAAGAAAUAUCAAGUCUUGUUAGUCCUGAACUUGUGGAAAAAUAUCAUAAAUUUCGAUUGAAUAGAGAUGUGUCCAUGGACAAAGCACGUGCUUGGUGCCCACGUGCAGGUUGUGAAACAAUAUGUUCUAUAAAUGCUACUGGGUCAAAUGGAACACCUAUUGGACCAGUUCACUGUCCUAAUUGUUCUACAGAUUUCUGCUCUAUAUGUCGAGAAUCUUGGCAUACUGGUCCUUGUUCAGAUAUCUCAUUAGGUAUACCAUUUGAUGGUGAUCAUAUCAAAUGUUGUCCUAUGUGUUCUGUACCUAUUGAAAAGGAUGAAGGAUGUGCUCAAAUGAUGUGUAAAAGAUGUAAACAUGUGUUUUGUUGGUAUUGUUUAGCUUCUUUAGAUGAUGACUUUUUAUUGCGACAUUACGACAAAGGACCAUGUAAAAAUAAAUUGGGUCACUCACGUGCAUCAGUUAUUUGGCACAGAACACAAGUUAUUGGAAUUUUUGCUGGAUUUGGAUUACUCUUACUCGUUGCAUCGCCGCUACUUUUAUUGGCUGCACCGUGUAUUGUAUGCUGUAAAUGUCGUGUAUGUGGUUCAUCUAGACUUGAACAAGAGGAAGGUGAUACUACAACAUGAAAAAACAUUUUUCAUUCUUGUAUAAUUCCUUUCUAAUGACGAGUAAUUAAAUUAAACUAUCCAACUUGUGCAUGUAAUUGGCGAUUUAUAGAUAUACAUUGAAUAUGGUACAUCAUAUAAGUUGUAUGACAAAGAAUAAUAUAAAAAAAAAUAUAAAUAAUAUUUAUCAAACAUUUAAUUUUGUAAAUGAAGGGAAAGUUAUAUUAUGUCAAAUCAUUUUUGUGGAUGUUACUUAUAAUUAAUAAUUGUUUUCAUUAUCUUGACAUAUUAUUUGCAAACUUCUGAGUUUAAAAAAUAUCAACAUAUUUGUAUAUGUAUUUAUGUUAUUGUUUUUAUGUAAGAAGUUUACAUUUCUUGGAUGCUACUUAAUAUCUAAUUGAUAUUUAAUAGUUAUAAUUUAGAUAUAGUAAGACUUUUUUAUUGUUAUUAGACUAUAGUAAUUUUUUUUUAUUUUUUAAAUGUCUAUUAUAUCAUAAAUACUCAUGUUUAUGACAUUCCAGAAAAUUAUAUUUUUAUUGCAUUGGAUUAACUGCCAUAUUCAAAAUUGUUUUGAGUUUUUUGUAUACAUUGAGUAAUAGCUUGUUUCAUAAUUAUUUUAUAUAUAUGUGCAUUGUUGUGGUAAUUUUUAGCAAUACUCAAUAUUCUGUUUAUGCACUUUUAUGUUUUUAUUAAUAUAUAAAGUUUUUUUUACAAAUAUAGACAUAAAUUGAUGAGCAAUGUAUAUCUAUAUCUGAAUUCAGCAAAGUUGACAUAAUUUUCUCAAAGUUUUAUAAAUUGUUGAUUGUAUUACAGAUUUUUGGUUUUAUUCGAGCUAUUUUGUUUAAAUAAUUAAGUGUAUGUAUAAUUGUUAUAUGAAUAAUUAAGCUUUACCAAAUUUAAAAAUAUCAGAUUUACAAAAAUAUAUAGAUUCCAUUAUUGAUAUAUACUUAAUAUAUUUACUAUUAAUGAUAUAUUUAUGACCAUAGUUUUUUGAUUUAAAGCAAACUUAUUCCAUGUGUGUCUUAAGCAGCUCUUUGAAUCGAAAAUAGAAUAUAGACCAAAAAUAGUAUAAGCAGUAUAUUAUAAUACAUAAAUAAUAAAAUUAGAUAAUUAUGAAGUAUAUAAGAAAUCAUUAAAUUUCUGACUAUAAUUACAUAUAAUAUCAGAUUUGAAACAUGUCUAUCUGUUGUUAUGAAUUUACAUUAGAAUUGGCAUUGCAAUAGGAUAAUUUCUCUCAUUUUAUAUGUGCAUAUAUAAUGUCACGUGCGCAAAUGCAUAUACGGCACAUAUACAUAUGUAUCAUACGUAAAGUUAAUGUUGCCUAAUCAUAAUGUGUGAUUAGUUAAUAACAAUGAAUUAGUAUAUGAAAAAUAUCAUGUAACAUACAAAAUGUACGUUUGAAAUCUUUGUUGUAUUAUUGAUUAUAACUGUAUAUGUAACCUGUAUUUGAGCACGUAUAACUAUACGUUAUUGAUUAUAAUAUGUAAAUAUACACAUAAUAUAUACUUAUUAAACAUAUAGAUAUGAUGUAUAUAUAAAAUUACCUGUAUCUGUGUUGGUGCAUUUUGCACAGAAGUCAUUUAAGUCGAGUAUGAAUACAAAAUAAAGAAUAUAUCAAAUUAAAAGUUAAAUAGAAGAUUACAAGCCAUUUACGAUAUAUUAAUUAUACGUUAAAUUGUGUUAAUUGUAGUAUGAUAUGUAAGCAACUAAUGUAAAAAAAGUCAUUUGUUGCUAUGAUCUUCCUAUAUUAUAAUUAUGUCUAUCUUCCUUCUCUAUAUUUCUAAGAUGUAUCUCAAAUGUGGUAUUUUGUUUUAAAAACGCAAGCGCAAUUAAUAUACAUCUUUUACUUCUAUGUCUAAUAAUUGAAACGACGCACGGUUGAAAGGAUUAAAGAUUGUUAAGUUGUGUAAA